AUGUGCCGUGACUUCGCCAGAGGCAAAUGCCAAUGGAGAAAUUGCAAAUUUUCUCAUGUGAGCAAUGGCCAGAGCCGCAGUCCGAAAAUCCCAACCAGCCAGAUGCAAUGCCCUGAGCCCUGGCCCCGACGGGAUCAUGGCUUGCCGAAUGCAGAAAAAGCGUUUCGAGCAUGGCAAAGCAGCAUUCCUCUACGCACGGCGGUCAUUCGUCCCUCCUCUGGGAAGAAAACGACUAUCUUCCGGAAAGCGAGGGAACUGAUUGGAUCUGACGCCAGUACACGACAAGAAGUCAUCCGGACAUUGGCGAGUGAGGAUGGCCUGCGCCUAAUCUUGGACCUUGUCCAGGAAAAUUUCGAAGGCAUGGAUGCCGCAACGAGAGACCUAAUUUUCAAGACUCAGGUGCUACCAUUUCUAGAGACAGUCUCAAAUACUGAUGUCAUAUCGUCUCUAGUAUUGGAGCAGGCAGUGGGGACAAUCUACAAUGUCUUGUUUGGAAUCGACGGAUCCAGAGCAGCGCGAUGGCUCAAUCUCAUCUGUGGCGUUCUCGAAAUCGACACCACCAACGAAGGCAGUGCCAUGUUACUGGAGGCAUCUCUACACACGUUCUCCCGUAUCGCGGACCUGAAUUCUACGGCCCCUAUCCAGGACUGCCUGCAUGCUGUGGCACAGAGAUUUGAAACUGUACUCACCUCAAUGAGUAGCAAGAAUUGCAUGAGCGGUAGACUUUAUCAAUCUCGGCUGCACCUUGAUCGUCUUCUUCAGCGCAUGGAGACUGGAAAGUCGCUCCCCCCCGGUAUGCCAGAGAAGAAAGUGAAGAAUGAAAGCAAUGUCGCUUUCGUCGCCAACCGCGAGACUCCCGGGGGCAGACACAAUAAUGAUUUUGUCGACAUCUGCCAGAUUAAGAUCAUGCCUAGCUUUGAAGAAAUCUGCAGCCUUGGAGGGGAGUACUUGCCCGUAAAUAACCCACUUCAAUGGCAUAUUCAUGGUAUCGACGGGUUGCUAGAUCGAAACUUUCGCUUGCUACGAGAAGACACCGUCGGGCAACUUCGAGAUGCAAUCCACCACGAACUGAGUCCGCGCGCCCAGCAACCACAACUGCGAAGAUUCGUACAUCCUAAGUGCUUCGUGGUCAAUCUCGAGUUCAAUUGGCUUUCGGGUCUUUACUUCGAAGUUGACUUCCCUCAGCCUGCUGGAGUAACAAACUUCACGCCCAUGGCCCGAGAGAUGUGGUGGCAGAACUCAAAACGCCUACAGCCCGGUGCGCUUGUGUGUCUAAUCAUUCAAAAGGACGUGGUGCUCUUUUGCACCGUGACGCAUCGUGAAAUGUCCCCCAGACGCAAAAAGGAUAAUUUCCUCCCACAGGAUCACAUCCCCCCACAGAACAAGGCAGAGUCAAGAACAUUAUGGAAGAGCUCCACAAGAGGCUCGGUUAUGUUGAUGCCGGUUGAUUCUCGUUACACCAACACUCAAGUCAUUCUGGACCUUUUUACUCCCAAGAAGCCCACUAUGUCUCUGGUGGAGUUUCCAGGAGUCAUCCUUCCAGCAUUUGAACCGGCUUUACAAGCACUUCAAUCGAUGAAGGUGGCCCAAAACCUACCUUUUGCAGAGCUCUUUGUUCCGUGGGUCUUUGAUGAUUUCAACAUAUCCGACAUGGCUCCUGCAUUGUAUGCUUCGCAGCCUGGCUUUGCAUUCAAUCUCCGCUGCCUCAUGAAGAAUGAUACUAAUUUCUACGUGCGCGUUGAUCAACCAUCUGAUGUGAAAUACGUACAGGAUCAUUCAACCCUGGAUGGUGCACAGGCUCAUGCAUUGAUCAGUUGCUUGAAGCGAAAGCUCGGUUUGAUCCAAGGGCCACCUGGUACCGGCAAGAGCUACACUGGUGUGGCUCUUGUCAAAGUCUUACUGGCAAACAAAGAAGCUACCAGAGGAAGACUAGGGCCCAUAUUAUGUGUCACGUAUACCAAUCAUGCUCUCGACCAGCUUCUUGAGGCUUUACUGGACAACAACGUGACAUCGCAAAUUGUUCGUAUUGGAUCCCAGUCCAAGUCGGAGAGGUUGGAAAAAUUCAACCUUCAGACUGUUGCAAAAGAUACAACAAGGACAAAGAUGGAGAAGAAAGAAAGAUGGAGCACAGCUGAGAGACUCUCACUGUGUGAGGAUGAUUUUCAUGCCCUUGAUCUGAAAAGGGAAGUCCCCAUUUCUCGUCUCAAGUCCCAUAUCCAGCGGACAAACCCUAUCCAUCACGAUCAGCUAUUUUCACUGGUCCAAGAAGAUGGUCUCUUGGGAGUGAAAACCGACAACCCUCAGACCGCGAUCAAGUCUUGGCUUCAUUCGGGAGCUAAAGACAGUGCUCGUGUACGGCCUGAGGACCAACUCAAGGACAUCAGCGUCUUCGAAAUGUCUCGAAAAGAACGACAGCAUCUUUACAACCGGUGGUGUCGUGAAUACCGGGCAGAAGUGGACGAAGCAGUUAAGCAAAUCACUUCAUCUCACAGGGCUGCCAAACAGGGGUACGAUAGCGUCCAGGAUGAGAUGCACCUUCGCUGCCUGGCCCAAGCAGAUGUUAUUGGCGCAACUACAGCAGGGCUUGCUCGCAGACUGGAUACGUUCCGAAGACUUCCAUGCAAGUUCAUGCUGUGCGAAGAAGCCGGUGAAGUUCUUGAAUCACAUAUCCUCACAGCCUUCAUCCCGUCUGUUGAGCAUGCAAUCCUCAUCGGUGAUCAGCAACAGCUCCGCCCUCAGGUCCAAAAUUACGAUCUUUCUAGCGAGAAUCCUCGGGGUGGUACGCAGUACUCACUCGAUAUCUCCUUGUUUGAAAGAUUGGUGAGUUCAAACAAAAGCCCCAUGGACUGUGGAGCUCCUUUCAGUACAUUGGAAACACAGCGGCGAAUGCACCCAUCUAUCGCUCGGCUGGUCCGUGAAACCCUGUAUCCAAAGAUGAAGGAUGCUCCAUCUGUUUCGGAGUAUCCGGACAUUACGGGGAUGCGGAAAAGAUUAUUCUGGUUGGAUCACCCACAGCGAGAGGGAGGAUCCGACGCCGAUGCCAUGUCAACCUCUCACUGGAACAGCCACGAGAUCGAUAUGACUGUUUUGCUGGUCAAUCAUCUUAUUCAACAAGGUGCAUACAAGCACGGUGACAUUGCAGUGUUGACUCCAUAUCUGGGCCAACUCCACCGACUACAAAGAAGGCUCGACGAACUCUUUGCCAUUGUAGUAGGGGACCGUGAUCGAGAGGAUCUCAAGCAGGCGGGUUAUGUGGAUUAUGAAGUGAAAGACAAACCUAUGAUCAAAGCAGCCUUGUCACAGAGUCUGCGCGUGGCUACCGUGGACAACUUCCAAGGCGAAGAAGCUAAAGUUGUUGUGAUAUCUCUAGUCCGAAGCAACCCACAGAACAAAUGCGGCUUUCUACGCACGUCAAAUCGAAUCAAUGUUCUGUUGUCGCGAGCACAACACGGGAUGUACAUCAUCGGCAAUUCCGAGACCUCGAUCCAUGUUCCCAUGUGGGCUCAAGUCAUAAAGAUUAUGAAGCAAGAUCAAAAUAUCGGAAAGGCCUUGGAGCUGCAAUGCCCUCGCCAUCCAGACACACCGAUUGCGGUUUCGAUGCCAGAAGACUUUCCAAAGUUCUCUCCGGAAGGAGGUUGCAACUUGCGCUGUGUCAACCGGCUUGGUUGUGGACAUGCCUGCGCUCAAAAGUGCCAUUCGGAUCUUCUUCACAACGCUGUCUUUUGCCUAGAGCGCUGCCCCAGACCAUUUAAUGGCUGUAACCAUUCGUGCCCUAAGCGAUGCGGAGACGCUUGCCCGGAAAGGUGCAUGGUCAACGUGUAUCAAAAGCACAGAAAACUCCCAUGCGGUCAUCCAAUGCCAAACCUUCCCUGUUGGCAGGACCAAGAUAUCUCGACAGUUCGCUGUCUGGUGCAUGUGGACAAGACGAUCCUGGGCUGCGAUCAUAUCGUCUCACUGCCAUGCCACAUCAAGGUGGAAGCCAAAGACUAUCGCUGCACAGCUCAAUGUCGCAGCCCACUGCCUUGUGGACACCUGUGCAAGAAGAUGUGUUAUCGCUGCAUCACUAGAGGACCUGAGAGCGUUCUAGCCAAUCACGGAAAGUGCGAACAACGGUGUGAUCGGAAUCAAUCUACAUGCGCUCAUACCUGCAGCGUUCCCUGUCACGGCGAGAAGCCCUGUCCUCCAUGCAAAGCUCCUUGCGAAGUGCAUUGUGGCCAUUCCAAGUGUCCGCGAAAAUGCUACGAGCCGUGUACUCCUUGCGCAGAAGAAAAAUGUCUUUCAGCGUGCCCUCACAGCGUCUGCUCAAUGCCAUGUGCAGCCCCUUGUGAUCAUGUUCCAUGUUCCAAACGAUGCAAGAAGAAGUUAAAUUGUGGGCAUCAGUGCCCAUCGGUAUGUGGAGAAAAAUGUCCUUCGUCCUCCUUUUGCCAAACCUGCGGAAAUGAGGACGUCCGAAAUCAUCAAGUCGACUUCAUCCUGGGUCAAACGUACAAAGAAAUCAACCUGGAAGAAAACCCAUGCGUAGUCCCCAAAUGUGGGCACUUCUUGACUAUUGAGAACAUGGAUGCGCAAAUGGAUAUGGCUAGCUACUACGAGGUCGAUGCCAGUGGCAAGCCCGUCUCUAUCUGGGUAUCAUUGAGACCGUUCUCUAUUCAAGAUAUCAAAACAUGCGCCACCUGUCGUGGCCCGUUGAGAGAUAUUGCCCGAUAUGGCCGGCUGGUUCGCCGAGCUAUUCUUGAUGAGUCGACGAAAAAAUUGAUCAUCUCACUCAACCAGGAAUAUGUCCCUCUUGCACAGGAACUUCCCCAACUUGUUCAUGGAUUACAUGCAACCAAAGGCCAAAGAAAGUAUCCAUGGCCAGCAUUGAUUGAAAUCUCUGGUCCGCGGAGCCAUCAAAUUCAGAUCAUGGAAGGAAUCAUCCAGAGCACGAAUCCAGGUCGAUGGGAUUCUAUCCUUGACCUGCGAAAGCGCGUCGAUCUCUAUCGGCGCCGUGUGAAGCCCGAAGAGCAACCGUUUGAAAGAGUUCGGAGGAUGAUUGAAAACGCUCGACAACGCCAAAAAAUAGGAAUCAACCCUGAUCAUAUCGAAAAUGUGCUACAGGCCAAAGGCUUCCUACAGGGCACCGCCCUCUUACUCCGUCUGGACAUUGCUCUGCUCGUUGACCUUUUGAAUCUUGUUUCCCAAGGAUGCCCAAGCGAGGUAACACCUCGAUUCGAGCUUGAUCUACAGAAAAUUAAGGAUGAUUGCCAGACCCUCAUUAACCAAGCGGUCACUCACCAUCGACUCCUACAGCAGGUAGAAGGUCAUAUUUUCCUAGCACAGCUCUAUGCCCUCGAACGGGCACAUUGCUUGACACCAGAGAAGAGGAACACUAUCUUGAAACAUGGCCAAGUUGCCAUUCAGAAAGCUAAAGGUCUUUGCGAUGCACACCCCGGUCAGACACGAGGCUUGGCAGAUGAAGUUAAGAGCGUCGAGAAAAUGUUGCCACAUUCUACACAAUUAUCACCAACGAGGAACGCAUCGCAGUCAUUUCGGCGAUGGCUCAAGAGUUCAGAGGAACUGGGCAUUGGUACUACUGCCGCAACGGGCAUCCGUUUACCAUUGGGGCCUGUGGACUAG